UGCAGUUUCGUUACGACUUCUUGACGAGUUUGGUGAACGAUACAGAAUUGGUUUUCUAUACAGAAGAGUUUGUCUCCUCGAAUAUAUAGCAAGGAAUACCGAGUGUACAGAAUGGUUUUGCAGGUACGUCAUCACUGUCAUCGAAUCAAUCUUGGAAUUUGGAAAGAGAGAGGGAUGCAUUGUCAGGAAGGACGAGAUAGAAAUUGUAAGGACUGCAAUGACGUAUCUCCAUGGUUACGUAUAGAACACAUAUUGAGCAGAAUCAACAAAGUAUUUCAGAGGAACAUGCCGGAGGGAAGGUUAAGCGAGCUUAUCAGGGUACUGGAAUGGUUGGUAAUUGUGGAUCAUGAUGAUACAUUCGGUGAACAUAAUGGAGUAACUGUGCGACAAUUCCUGAAGAGAUAUUGUGAGGAAGAAAUGCAGAGGAAUUACGAGAAACAAAAAAUCAUUAUCGCUUAUCAACUGAGAUUGGCUUCUUUUGGUCAGCAGUUAACGCCACGUAUGGUCAACCGUUUAAUUUUAGACAUCAGCCAGGAUAUACGCAACUACAAAAUGUACUUCAAAAAAGAGUUCAUUGAUUAUUUUGACAUCGUACAGAUAGCGGUGGAGGUAUUUUACCGCCUUUUAAUGGAGGAUAUUCUUCGACUAUGCGAUAUUCACCCUGUUAAUCAACAGCAUCAAGAUAUCGAUUAUCUAAUGAUUGCAUUGGCCUAUCGAUUAACUACGUUUGAUCAAGAUCCGACGUGGGAACAUUAUCUGACACUCGAGGGUCAAAUAUGGCGACCGGCAUUUCUCAAACAUUCUCUCGUCUGGAUCAGUUCUCUCCACAGAAAUCUUCAGAAUUUGAUCUGCAAAGCAUUACAGGACGAUACUUGGACAGGCCUGCAUGUCGACGACUCCUUCACCUUCGUCUCUGCUGAGUCAACGGGUUCUCAAAGCUUGCGCCGGAGUCAACAGGGAAGCCGCCCACGGGAAAUACCCAGUCCUCUCACGGGACCCUCCCGCGGUAUCACACCUUCCCACAAUUCCGCUUUUGUUCAGGUCCCUGGCCGAAGUGCGAGUGCCAUUGAAAAAGAGUUUACAAAUAAAGUUAUCAUUGGAGACACCUCAACGUCUGGUGCCGUUCAGCAAUCAUCGACAGCAAACGAUGACGUCGCCAACCAACCGGGCCGUAGCGAUAUUGAGGUUCCCAAAGAAACGAACAAGACAGAGUCUUCAGAAACGACGAGGCCUAAAAUUCCCAGCAAGUCUAGCACGUCAAAUCUUCUAAAAUACGUUCAAAGUACGCAGUAUUUAGCAAGCAGCCACGCUUCCCUGUCUUCCGACAGUGUUUACACGGAUGCCCGAAGCAAUACGAGCGAUGUCGAAGAUUACACGUCUUGCAACGAAGACGAAGAAAAUGAACAAGUACUGGAAACUAGUCACCUGGGCCACAUUACUGUCCCCAUUUCAAGUUCUCUCGUCGAUACGCUCAGCGGUGUCAAUCGUUUGAUAGACGUUGUACGUCAUUUCUUACAUUUGUUGUGUCCUAAGAAGACGUCGACGCGUUGCGACUCGCUUCGAAUGUCUCCCGAAGACGGUAACGAGAUUUACGAAAAAUUAGAACAAGGCCGUGUUGACAUGGUCAAAAUGCUGGGUGAUAUUAUUGAGUCGCUUGCGCUUUUCUACGGUUAUUACAUCAUCAGUUGUGAAAGUUGCGGAAUGAAUGAAGAAGUCCUGGAACCCAUUAUCGGACAGCGUUGCUCGACAAGAUCAUCUACUCUUUUUCAAGACCUUGGCGUCAGACCUUGUCGUCAUCGUACCGCUGGCCUUCAAAGAUGUAACAGUGCGGAUUCGCAAGGAAAUUGUGCUACAUCUUGUGUUUCGAUGUCACGGAUUGAAAAUAACACAUCGCAAAGCGAAAGGGUUGUCGAAGAGAUGUGUGUCCGACUGAACAAUGUGCGAACGAUGAAGAACCUCCUCACAACUUUGAUUGAAAAUGCCGUUCAAAAUGUUCUCUUCUCAAGCCCCGAUGUAGAAUGCAACCUCAUGUCUGUUUCCGACAUGUCAAACACAUGGUCGAGCGUUGCGAGCACGAGCCACGAAAAUAACCCGCCGUCAUCGCCAGCCUCAUUAAACGCCAUGCCAACUGAUGUCAUCGAUAAAAACUCCAUUGAGAGGACCUUAGAAGAACUGCAGGAAAUUGAAGAUGGUUUGGUUAAGAUAAUGGCAUACCGGGCAAAUGAUGUUAUCAAAAAAUUACUCCAACUUUUGUUAUCGUUAAAUCUACGAAGUUUCAAUGCUCGAAAACGACUGCGGCCCGUUCUAAACGCGACAAGGAAAACCCUUCACAUGUUGUCUUCGAACUUAUAUCCUGACUGCUACGCCGCUGUCCUCCGACACUUCUGGCUCGCUAUCGUUGAGGAUUUUGCUGAAGAGAAAGAUAAGUUAAUUUUCCUAAGUGUUACUGCAAUGGAACAAGCCAAAUUGCAGCUAGAAGCAAUAUCGUAUUUCAUUGAGAUAUUUCGUGCAGAAGAAGACUCAAUACCUUUGGCGUUUGUUUCGACAACUAUUGAACCUAUUCAGAAAACAUUGAAUCACUACACGCUUCCAACAGCAAACCUUAGGACGAUGUACGAAGCGUUAGAACAGCGGAACGCAAGCGCCGUGAGGAUCUCGGACAGCCUUAGCACAAGAUAUCGUUAUCAGCGACCGCCCUCGGGCAUUCUAAUUCAGCGAUUACGCAUCGAACUUCAUUCCGAGAAUCCGCACUUCAGUGGACAACGUUUCGUAGAAUGCGUUUCAGACCGUAUCAGACUCGAGGGAAAUUUAAGUCUCGGCGUCUGCGCGGUUCCUGAUGGUGGUGAUGAGGCCAGUGGAAAAGCUUUGGGCGAAUACUUGUUGCAUGAAGAAAUCUUGGUCUACGUCGGCAAACUUGUCGCCGAAACGGAGAACGAAUCUGACGAUGAACUCGAUGCGGAGGUAGGACGUUACGCGCCCGAAAGGGGGAUAAUUAUUCCCGGUGGGAGAAAACGACCUAAAAUCUUUAAUGGUGUUUAUAUUUUUGGUCCCGAGUCGGCAGAAACUCGGUCGAGUCUGAGCGCGGAUGGAUUAAAAAGCGACAACAAAAUCAUCACGCGAGAGGAAGGCGAUACCCCGCAACAUUUUUGCGAUUCCGAGAACGUUUUGUACAAGUUCAAAUCGUCAGAUUUCGAGGAAUCCUUAUGCAGCCUCGAUCCAGAGAAUUAUAUAGAUCAGGGCGACAACGACGAUCAGAAAGACAUCAUCACGGUGCUGUUCACACGCAGGAACAUCGAGCGAGAUGCUAAAACGUUUUUAGACACGCACGAAACGACGUGCGUGGUGGAAGAAUUGCAAGACAAAAUAAAGAGAAACACGACGAAUUGCUGUUGGCCGUCGGCGCCUCUAUUGCCUGUCAAUUAGUCUGGUGCAGUCUACCAUUUAAGACGGGGGGAGAGUCACUGGUCCAUUUGGGGUGAAUUAAGGAUGGCGGCCAAAUAGCCGUCAUUUAUAAACGUCCAGUCUGAGUGAAAUUAAUCAAUGAAUCAAAUAAAACAAGACGCCUACUAGGCGUUAUAUGAUCGCGUCGUUCACAGCGGCGUAGCCAGCCCAGCUAUGCAAA